CAACAACAAACUGUUGGUGUUUGAGUGUUGUGUCCUGAGGAGAAAGACUGACGUCCUGUCCUGCGGAGAGGAAAGCGAGUUGGCUACCCUCUUUGCCUGCCUCUUCGCCUGCCAGGAUGAGCGCACCAAAGCCGGUGCAGAAGAAGGCGUCCCAACGCAGCCGUCGCAAGAAGGUGUUCAUUUCGCUGCGGUUCGGAGAGGCUGGCCAUGCAGGCAAGCUGCUCAAGCGCGAGUUGGAGCAGGUGCACGGCCUGGACGUGUUCCUGUGUGAUGUUGAGCCUGGUGGCAACAUGGGAAAGGAAAUCAUCACGAACCUUGCGGCCUGUGACUUGGCUGUCAUCAUGGGCACCAAGACGUACGGCAAGGAGACGCCAUCCACCUUCAGCACGUUUCAAGAACUUGAUUUCAUCAAAAAUGAGCGCAAGCCAUUCUUCUUCAUCAAGAUGUGCGAGCGGCUUGAAGAGUCGUUUGCGCGAUUCCACCUCCCCGAUUCCAUCUCCUACUUUCCAUGGAUACCUGCUUCACGCGAUCCCGAGUCCAUGUCCCUGCCGCCUGACCUCGCCCCCGCCAUCGUAGACAAGCUCAGCCACAUCAGCACCUCUAGCGGCGCGAAGGGCGGCAAAGGCGGCCCCUCCGUCAUCACACGGCAGCUCCCAACCACGCUGGACGCUGGCCUGACACAGUGGCUGCAGCGUUACAACAUGUUGUCCUCCAUGGGGCUGGUGCUUGAGAAACUCCACAUCACAAGUCUUCACAAAUUGGAGCAGGCAACAGAGGCCAUGCGGAAUCCGAGAAAGCGUGCACUUGCUAAGCGGCAGCAGCAGAAGCAGGGAAAGAAGGGAGGAGGGCAGGGAAGCGAACCCAAGCCAACAAAGACCGUGCGACAGUUGUAUGAGGGAAUACUGAUGAGGGAGAAGCAGCUGCAGCCAGCAGAGAUUGCCAAGUUCCGGCGAGCGUGCAAGGCGAAGACGUGGCGCAACAAAGAGAUGGGCAGUGAGCGACAUGGAACGUUGGAAGGCACAGAAGAGGUGCACGAACAGGGAGAUGAGAAGCAGGAAGAGGGACGUGAGGGGAGCCAAGAAGAACAGGAGGAGACACAGUCGCACCAGCAUCAAGCGAGCGUUGAGUGCCCGCCUGUGCGAAAGGGUGUGGGAGACGAAACCCUGUUUCGGGAGUGCCUGCAGAGGGUGAGUGGUAAGAACGCAAGAAACAAGAUCCUCAGCAUUUGGAACAACACGUGUGGCUCGAAAGUUAACCUUGCAGACAACGAUCUUGGACCUGAAGGGGGAAAGGCGAUUGGGGAGGCACUGAAGGUGAACACGACGCUGACAUCGCUCGACCUUUACAGCAACAAUCUUAGACCUGAAGGGGGAAAGGCGAUUGGGGAGGCACUGAAGGUGAACACGACGCUGACAUCGCUGGACCUUGACGGCAACGAUCUUGGACCUGAAGGGGGAAAGGCGAUUGGGGAGGCACUGAAGGUGAACACGACGCUGACAUCGCUCUCCCUUCGCGUCAACGAUCUUGGACCUGAAGGGGGAAAGGCGAUUGGGGAGGCACUGAAGGUGAACACGACGCUGACAUCGCUCAACCUUGACCGCAACGAUCUUGGACCUGAAGGGGGAAAGGCGAUUGGGGAGGCACUGAAGGUGAACACGACGCUGACAUCGCUCUACAUUGACAGCAACUCGAUUUCAGGCAGACUUGAAUCAUCCAUCAAGUCUGCCGUUGAACGGAACAAGCAGCGCCAGAAAGAGCUUAAAGCACUUCUUGAGCACGGCUCCGUGCCGCUGUCCACCGCGAAGGUGUUCGUGUGCGGCCAUUACGGCAUUGGCAAGACCACCCUCAUCGACACACUUCAGUCGGCUCCGACCUUCUUCAACACCAUGAGACGCCACCGUCGCAAAACGUAUGACGAGCCCGAUCGCCCAGAUCAGCGCACGCCCGGCAUUGAGAUGCACGAUUUUGCACUCAAGAGGGGCAGGUCGUCUGGCAGCGUCUCCCUCACACCAUCGCCAGCUGGCGCAGCAGAAGGGGGCGAAGACUUGUCCAGUCACGAAACAACGCUCCCGCCAUGCAAGCUGCGGGUGUACGACUUUGCUGGGCAGGUGGAGUACCAUGUGGUGCACGAGCUGCUGUUUGCGGACCACAACGCCGUCUUCGUCGUGUGCGUGGACCUGUCCAAAGACCAAGCCAAUGUGGAGGCGUCUGUGCUGUACUGGCUUCGCUUCAUCAAGACGCGCCUGCACCAAGCCGUGCACCGCUCAGCGCAUCCACCGCACGUGUUCAUUGUUGGAACCAAGGCAGACAAACCACACGAGCACAACACGCUGGUGGAGACAGCAGCAGAAGCUAUACCACAUGCUUCUGGUGUCUCUUUGCCGCCAAUGCAGUUUCCGAGUGGCGAUGCGCUGUUGCAGAGCCGACGACUGCAGGAGUGGUUUGGUGACACGAUGCGCAUCCAUCCACAUGUGAUCCCUCUCAACUGCCAUGACUUGGGCGGUGCCUGCAUGCAUCACUUGCGCGAUUUGCUUCACGCGGCGUGGCUGGAGGUCGUUCAACGAGACAUCCAGGUGCCCAAAGUGGUGGAGUUGAUUGGCGAAGGGCUUGCACUGUGCAGAAAGGAGGAUGAAGGGCUGUGGCAGUUGCACCGACUGUUGUUCUUCAUAUCCAAGAACAUUGCUGGCAUUGAAACCAUUGAGGGCUGGAACGAAGACGUCUUCUUCAAGGCGCUCAGCUACCUACACGUGCGUGGGGACAUUUUGUGGUUCCAGUCCAUCCCAUCCCUUGCCGACCAGAUCUUUGUCUCCCCGUCCUGGCUGCUGAGCAAAGUGGUUGGCCCAGCGCUGGCACCGGCCCACUUCCCCGUCCACUUGCGAGCGACGGAAGGGCGCGUGGUGUUCUCGGAGAUGCAGCGCGUGUUUGGGCGGGUGUUGGAUCCAGACCUCGUGGUGGACGUGCUGAGCAGCAUGCUGCUGUGCUAUGAAGAGGACGCCGCCAUGCACGGAAGUGAUGAUCGUGUGUUCGUGGUGCUACCCCGUCUGGAGGAGAAGCAACAGGAAGCACGCCUUUGGGCCAAGAAGGACGAUUCUCAAGUGUUUGCCGGCCGCCGCCUGCAGAUUGCGCAACACCACGGGAUGAUUUUCCCUCCUGGCGUGUUCCCGCGUGUGCAGUCGCGCAUCGUGCAGUGCUUGAAGCCUGGCACGAGCCUGUGGCAGACAGGGUUCUUUGGCUUGCUCUCCUCUGUUGAGUGCUUGGGCCGUAUUGUGAGCGAUACGUGCAUUGAUCUGUGGGUCCGCUGCCCUGCCACACACAAGGAGCAUGCCUGGCUCGCCCUGGACAUGAUGCUGGGCGAGGUGGAGGAAGAGAUUGAGGGCAUUGAGUACGACCAUCUCGUGCUGAGCUACGCCCACCUGUCCUCCUACCGGCCCCAUCCAGCCGGAUAUCUGCUCCAGGACGUAGAGGACGCCGCCACUGCGGGCGAAACGCUCAUUUCUCGGAUGGUGGACGAUGUAACCAGUCCUGGAAAGAAGGAGCAUGUGCGGGACGAGCUGAAAAACCUCCUUCGUGAAGACCUCUUCCUCACGCCUGUGGACAAGGGGUCUGAUGUGUGAUGUGUGUGUGUGUGUGAGUGUGUGAGUGUGUGUGUGCUACGUGUCUGUAAGUAGCUUGUGACUUGUGUACUUGCAUGUCUGUUGUUGUGCUGUAUGUGUGCCGCCGGUGUCAAUCGUUGCGUUCAGUUUCUUGCACUUUGAGUUUCCUGUAUUGCCGCAUAACUGCGUCCUUCCUUCAUCACCAUGCUGUUUCACUUACUUGCCGCAUUUGCGUUCGUUUCAAGUCACACCUUCAUGUCUGUUGUUUUCGUGCUUGCUUCCCUGAAUUCAUUGGGUUCAAUACAUGACGAACG